CACUACUUUAUGUUAAGGAAGCCAUUUUUAAAAUUGUAAACAAAUAGGCCUAGCUGCCCUAGAUUAUAGAUCUAGAGAUUUGAGUAGCCUACUAGAGUCUAGAUCUAGAAUCUAGAUUUAGAUCUAGAAUCUAGAUAUCUAGAGUCUAACGAAAAAGUUUAGAUCUAGAUUCUAGACAAGAAUUGUUUAUCCGCACAUUCAAUCUAGAUCUAGCAGUUGACAUAAGACUUGUUGGUCAGAUGAUAUUCUUCCCCAGCGCAAGUCAAGUCCAUCAAAUUUGAUCAGUAAGAGGAGAUGUCUCAUGGGACAGUAAUAUCACAGCCUAGGCCGGAUGAGAAGGGGAGAGACAUACAGAUGAGCCCCUACCCAGUGGUUGUACAGCCUGGCAUGGGUCUCAUGCAGGGUCAGCCUGGACUGGUGCAGUGCCCCCCACCAAAUGUGGUGGUGCCAAUGGGACUUCCUGCUGGGCUCGCCUACCUGGCUAGCUUGGAUGAGAUAAAGGUGCAUCAGAUCCUAGAGCUAGCAGAAGUUUUGAUUGGCUGGGAGAGAAACAACAAAUAUGAUAUCUGCAAUGGUGCAGACCAAAAAUUUAUGUUUGCUAAAGAAGACACUGACUGCUGCACCCGACAGUUUUGUGGUGUCAUGAGACCAUUUGUCAUGAAUGUCACUGACAACAACCAGCAGACUUUGAUGACACUUCACCGCCCAUUCAGAUGCCAGGGUUCCAUCUUCUGGUGCUGCUGUUUGCAAGAGAUGGAGAUACAGUCCCCUCCGGGGGUCAUCCAGGGCAAGGUCAAGGAAAUAUGGACAUGCUGCGUACCCAAGUAUAAAGUGUAUGAUGCACAAAACCACUGUGUCUUUACCAUUGUAGGGGACUGCUGCUACUGCAAGUGUUGUACUGAUGUUUUAUUCAAGGUAUUUGAAGGAGACAGCGAGAACAUGGAGGAAGGGCAGAUCAUCAAACAUUGGGGCGGAUGUCGUGAGCUUUUUGGUGGAGCUAACGAUUUCAGCAUCAAAUUCCCAGCCAACAUGGAUCUAAUGAAGAAAGUCUUGCUCUUUGGUGCCACCUUCCUCAUUGACUUCAACUAUUUUGAAUACCGUGGGAAUCAAUAGAGAGGCCAGACUGUCCACCCCAUCACUAAAAGGAUGGCUGGGUUAAUGUCCACCCAUGAUGGUGUGCAUGUUUUUAGGAUCUGUGGUUUUUUUAUAACAUUUUUUAAAAGCCUUAACAAAUGUGUGUAAAAUAGAAGAGCCAUAUGGAACAUAAAUGAUGACAAUGAUAUUAUUUUUACAUCACUUCAGUAGAAUUCAAUAAAUAGAGUGUUUGAUAUUUGAGCCUUCAAAUUUUUCAAUCAUGAUUUUUUUGAGCUAUCAACUUUUUGAGCCAUGAUUUUUUUUGAGCCGUCAACUUUUUCCACCAUGAUUUUUGAGCUAUCAACUUUUUGAGCCGUGAAUGAGACUAAAGCUGUUGUGGUUGUAUUAUACAAACAAUAUUUUUUACAUUUAUUUUCAUGCACAUAAACUACUUUAUAAACUGUCCUUUCUCUUUACAAGAAGCAUUUGUGUACAUUUUUACUUAACAGUUAAAAAUACAAGGUUUUUGCUACUAUAUAUAUAUAUAUCUAAGCUGAACAAAGGUCUAAAUUGUCCAGCCCAAAUACUGACUACUGUUUGCUCCUUGAGUCUUGAAAUGACCAGCAGUUUUCACCACCUUCCACUUGAAGUGUGACGUAGGGCGCAAAUGCUUAUAUAUUAAUAGAUGUGGACAGCUUUUGAAAGUUAGCAUUUGUUAAUAUGUGGACAACUUUUGAAAUUAGCAUUUUUUAAUAUAUGGACAACUUUUGAAAGUUAGCAUUUUUUAAUAUAUGGACAACUUUUGAAAGUUAGCAUUUUUUAAUAUAUGGACAACUAUUGAAAGUCAGCAUUUUUUAAUAUGUGGACAACUGUUGAAAGUCAGCAUUUGUUAAUAUGUGGACAACUGUUGAAAGUCAGCAUUUGUUAAUAUGUGGACAACUGUUGAAAGUCAGCAUUUGUUAAUAUGUGGACAACUGUUGAAAGUCAGCAUUUGUUAAUAUGUGGACAACUGUUGAAAGUCAGCAUUUGUUAAUAUGUGGACAACUGUUGAAAGUCAGCAUUUGUUAAUAUGUGGACAACUGUUGAAAGUCAGCAUUUGUUAAUAUGUGGACAACUGUUGAAAGUCAGCAUUUGUUAAUAUGUGGACAACUGUUGAAAGUCAGCAUUUGUUAAUAUGUGGACAACUGUUGAAAGUCAGCAUUUGUUAAUAUGUGGACAACUGUUGAAAGUCAGCAUUUGUUAAUAUGUGGACAACUGUUGAAAGUCAGCAUUUGUUAAUAUGUGGACAACUGUUGAAAGUCAGCAUUUGUUAAUAUGUGUACAACUGUUGAAAGUCAGCAUUUGUUAAUAUGUGGACAACUUUUGAAAGUCAGCAUUUGUUAAUAUGUGUACAACUGUUGAAAGUCAGCAUUUGUUAAUAUGUGGACAACUUUUGAAAGUUAGCAUUAGGUCAACUAGCAUUUAGUGAACAAAAGUAUAGUCUUAGUAGUAUAUUCAGUUUAUCUGUUACUUUUAUUGUGAUUCUAUUGGUGAUUUUACCGUUACUUUUGGUGAGGUAAGAUUUUGUCUUAUACUUUUGGUGAGGUAAAAAAAAAUUGUCUAAAAAGUUUUGAUGUGAUCUAAGUGUGAAUGAAUUGUAUUUGUAUAAAAAAUGUACAUAAACUGUGUAGUGGUGUAACUAUUUUUUUAGUUGUUACUUUAUGUUCAAAGAAUUUAAAUGUACAAUAAAAAGUGGUGCCACCUGUU